AUGAGCUUGGAUAAAGAAUGUAUGUGGCGAUUUCCAGCGCGGAAGGGGAGUAGUUUGCUUAUCGCUUUCCCUGAAGGUGAAAGGAUGGCACUGCCAAGGCUCACUGCAAGACGCCACUGUCCAGCGUUCAAUGAGCAAAGAACGCUUAUAAAGCUCACGAUGAGCAAUUGUGAUGGUACUUUCCUGACAAGCGGCGUCCCGCUUUUCAUGAGCGAUGAGGGGAAUCGGGACACUUUUAAGAGAGUUCAUUAG